AAAAUAACAGUUAUUAUAUAUACAUCAUAUUUAUUAUUAACACGUGAAGACUUUAACAAGCGCUUUCCCCAGAUAACUUCUAAGAUGUUUAUGGAUGGACAGAGACUACACUCACUUCAUGGCGGCGUUUCUGACAGGGAAGAGAAAAAGGAAUUGUGGAUUAUUUUAUCCAAUCAAAUAGACGAUUGUUGCCUGGCGGUGAUACAAGCGGGAACUAUAGCGGCGUCUGACGAAGAUCACAUCGCUGAUCCAUUGUUCCAGAUGUCAAAUUACGAAGGUCCAGGUUUAUUAGACCUUUCCAGUCAGAGCCUCCACAAACUGGAUCCGAAGUUUUUCAGUCACGGGGAGUCACACACUCUUAUUCUGGACCAAAACAACAUUAUUAAGCUGGAGCACCUAGAGUGUAAUCAAGUUCUUAAGCAGCUGUCUGUGGCAAGCAACCGUCUGGUACGCAUGAUGGGUGUUUCAAAGCUGAUUCAUUUACAAACUCUGAAUCUCCCAAACAACAGUAUCGGCUAUAUUGAGGGACUGAAGGACAUGGUUAAUCUGAAAUGGCUCAAUCUAGCUGGAAAUAACAUAAAGGUCAUUGGGCAGCUCAACAAUUGUGUUUCCCUUCAACAUCUUGAUAUGUCAGAUAAUAAUAUUGCUCACAUAGGAGACCUCACAAAGCUCUCAGCAUUAAAGACUCUUCUUCUUCAUGGAAACAUCAUCACGACUCUACGUACUGUUCCUGCCCACCUGCCAGCAAACGUAACUGUCCUGUCGCUAGCAGAGAAUGAGAUCAGAGACCUGGCUGAGGUGUCAUAUUUAGCUCCACAGCACAGUCUAGAGCAUCUGUCCAUCAUGAGUAACCCAUGUGUCAUGGCCACACCGUCUCUGCCUGGCUGUGAUUAUCGCCCGUAUGUGGUGAGCUGGUGUCUCAGUUUGAAGGUGUUGGAUGGAUUUGUGGUUUCACAGAAAUAGGGGCUAAAAGGAGAAUGGCUCUACAGUCAAGGUAAAGGCCGUAUGUUUUGCCCCGGACAGCACACACAGCUGGUCCAAUAUUUGGCAUCCACGUGUCCCCUGACAGCCACAACUGCCUUGGAGUCAGCAGAGGAUGCUAAAUAUGAUAGAAUCCUCAACAAACAAAGACAGCAUCAAAAACAGCUGCAGCAAACCCGUCACUGCUGCUCGUGUCCAUCCAGCCCAUCUAGAUGUACGGCGCAUCCUUAAGAACAUAGAAGGGGAUGUCAUCACUCAGGCAGUUGCUGCUUCUGUUGAGGAGUGAGCCGAAGGCACCCCACCUGCAUAGGCUCAGGCUCAGUGGUUUCUGUGGGGGAAACAGAUCGGGGCUCAGGCUCAUGGCGAGAAAUAUGGUGAACUGCACCACCCUGAGCAGCCUCUCGUUGCAGCUCUUGGAUGCGGUUGGUCAGCUCAGCCACUUGGUUGGCUAGAAACUCCACCUCCCUUGUGGUAUUCGUGAGUCUGGCUUCGUGUUGGCCCAAAAGAACACCCUGCUGGGUGACUGCGGUUCUGACAGAAUCUGCACCCGCUAGCCAAUCGUUCUGUCAGGAACACAACUGGACACAGAUGCAGGUUACAGUGCGAGACCAAUUUAUUCAAAAAAUUCAAAAAAAGAAAAACUCCCUCCAACGAACAGAAACAGGCCGGGAAAUGAGGAAAAAGGUCCAACAGAAAAAUAAGAGACUUUAAUAUCCUUGUAUAAACACCCGGCAGGGGGCGCCCAACGGUGCGGCUGCAUAGAGAGCGGAGAGGGGAGGAAGCCACGAGAGAGCCAGAGACGGAGCAAACAAAAAACUCUUCUGAAAAAUGCCGGUGCCCGGUCUAGGAAAUGAGAGAGGGGAAAAAUAGAAAAACAAAACAAAAACCAAUAGCAGCAAACAAUGGCAUGACUAUUAUAAACAGGGACUAUUGAGGAACAACGAUCUGGCACCGAUAGGCACGACAGACGGGAAUAAAUAGAGCAAGAGAUGAACAGACAUUGAAUUCAGAAUACCAUCUCUGAAUGCACAAAAUGUCAAACCCUGAAGCAGAUGGGCUACAGCAGCAGAAGACCACACCAGGUGCCACUCUUGUCAACUAAGAACAGGAAAUGGAGGCUACAAUUCGCACAUGCUUACCAAGAUUGCACAAUAGAAGAUUGGAAAAACGUUGCCUGGUCUGAUGAGUCUCGAUUUCUGCUGCAACAUUCAGAUGGUUUGGUCAGAAUUUGGCAUAAAGAACUUGAAAACAUGGAUCCCUCUUUCCAUGGUUCAGGCUGGUGGUGGUGGUGUAUUGGUGUGGGGGAUAUUUUCUUGGCACACUUUGGGCCUCUUAGUACCAAUUGAGCAUCUUACAAACUGUCAAGCUGUCUAGUCUUUGCUUCCCUGGGUGUCCACUAGUGGGCUCACUUCCCCUUAGGCACUUCACCAUAGGCACUACAAUUCCCACUAGCCUUGUCCCUUCAUCACAGUAAUUGCACUCCGGUUAAUUGCACCAGGUGUCUUCACUUAUUAGUCAUUAGCCUUCCUAUACUUACUCGUCUUUUCCUGUUUGUCUUUAUGGAGUCCUUACUUUCCAUUUCAUGUCGUAACCAGUCUUCUCGUCUCCCGAGUUCCUCACCUUCCGAGUUCCUGUUCCUGUUCCCUUCCUGUUCCUUCUUUGUUUGUAUGUUUGGACUGUUUUCUGGUUUUGACCCUGGUUUGUUUUGGAUUACGUUUUGGAUUACCCUAAUAAAAACAUACCUGCACUUGGAUCUCUCUCUCACUGUGUUUCACUGGGUCCCGAACGUCACAGAAGGACUCCAUCAAGACAACGAUCCAGCGGUAUGUCUUUUGAUGUUUCCCGUUCCCCAGCCAGGAUGGUGGAGCGGAGAGCUAAAUAUUUAAAGUUAAAUAUUUUCAAGCCCAGCGCCAAUGCCCAGGAUGGCCGCCGGUCCAGCGCCACUGCCCAAAAUGGCCACCGGUCCAGCGACACGGCCCAAGAUGGCCGCCAGUCCAGAGACAUGGCACAAGAUGGCUGCUUACCCAGCGCCUCUGCACGGGAUGACAGCCACAGCUGACCCUCCAGAGUCGAGUCAGGUUCCCGUUGACCCUCCAGAGUUGAAUCAGGUUCCCGUUGACCCUCCAGAGUUGACCCUCCAGAGUCGAGUCAGGUUCCCGUUGACCCUCCAGAGUCGAGUCAGGUUCCCGGGGACCCUCCAGAGUCGAGUCAGAUGCUCGUGGACCCUCCAGAGUCGAGUCAGGUGCUCAGUGACCCUCUAGAGUAAGGGCUAGUCACCGUUAACCUUCCGGAGUCAGGGCUAGUCACCGUUGACCUUCCAGAGUCAGGUGGGCUUCUGUCUCGACCACAAGUCUGCAAGCAUUAUUACCGUGCGUGCACUUGCAUUAACUGCGCGCUCUGCUUCUAACGACAGAGAGAGAGAGAUCGCUUUUUUUGGCUCACACUUUUCUUUUAUUAAUUUUACAAGUUGCAAGUUACAAAAAACACAAGCAGUGUCUGAUCACGGCCGGGUAUUCUCCGAGUCCGAUGACUCAGACUCCUAAACUUUUCUAAAAACAGUAAGUUUCCUUCAGACAUGCAUUUCUAUAAACUUUUAACCCUAAAUAAAUCGAAUUGAAUUUGUUUAGCAUCUCAAUCGGUUUGAAUCAUCACAUAUUUGAAUUGAUUUUCAACCGGCUUGCAGUUAAUCGUUAUAUCUCUAGUCAAGUCAAGUCACCUUUAUUUAUAUAGCGUUUAGACAAAAUACAUUGAGUCAAAGCAAUUGAACAACAUUCAUUAGGAAAACAGUGUGUCAAUAAUGCAAAAUGACAG